AUGAGCAAGCCCACAGCCAGUUCCAGCGACUCACCACUGGACAUCAGCCUCGUGCAGCUGCGUGCCAAAGAGACCAUCACGCGCAUCAGCCCCGAGAAGCUCUCGCUCGUGGAGGAGAUCGACAGUGAGCCGGACGAUGCAGAGUUCGACGAGAGAGCGCACUGGACUAGGCGCGGAUCCAGGAAGAAGGCCAGGGCGUCACGUCGAGCCGCGGCUCUGGAUAAGUCGCAACCGUCGAUUGCGCUCUUCUGCGUGAAGGAGGCGGCCUUAGCUGCCGAUAAACCGGAUACAAAAGCAGAGGAGGAUACACUAGACGCUAUUGUAAUGAGCUCUGGACGGCCCAAACGCCAGGCAGUUGUACGAGCAGAGAUCUUGCAACAGCAACAAAAGCUAUUGGACGCUGUUGCUGCAAGGAAGAAUGCAACGCCGUUUUUGACUCCGCCGCCCUUGACCAAGAAAGCAGCAGCAGAGGGCAACGCAACGACUAGUGGGCGCAAAAGAAAAUUGGACAUGAACAAGAAGAAAAUGUCUCCGCCCUCGAAGAAUGGAUCUACAACGAGCUCACCUGGGGCCAACAAGGCAGCACAAUCAUUCUUCUUAAGUGAGCCGGAAAAGAAGCAGAUGCAGGAGAUCAAUGCCGUAUCUUUGUUCCGGGAACAACUUCGACAGACGCGUGAAAAAGAUCUCGCGUUUUUCGCUGGUAAAACAGCGAACCCAUUUUUUCAGGCCCGCUCCAGUACCAAGCGAAGCAGCAGUGCUGAAAAUGACGACGGAGUUGCUGAAAUGAACGAAGAUGGUGAAGCUCGCGACGCAAAGGGGCGCCGUGGGAGUCGCUGGAGUAAACCUUUGUCGCUGUUUCCUGAGGUGCAGCACGUUUUAACGGUGUGUCUGGAGCACGAAGACAUGGACAUAGACUCCAAGGAUUGGAAUCCUCCCAGGAAAAAAGCGCAGCCAACUUCAACUCACUGUCCAAUGGCCGUAGUAGUGAUCGAAGACGACACAGCUGCAGACGGAAGCUUGCCCACUGAAGUUAUGGAUCAGCUAAAAGCAGCCAUGAAUGGCCAAGUCUGUACAGAAUCCUCGUUCUCAGAGCAGUUUUGGUUCCGAGAGUACUUGGACGCCUCCAGUCUCCCAGCUGCGAUUACCGGGGCAAUUGAUGUUACUUCUUUACGUCCAGAGAUUGCAGAAGCGGCUGCAGCCGAGUUGGCAGAAAGGGAAACGCUGCUGGUUGAUGAGUUGGUGGAGACGCGUGGCAUGCGUGAGAAGCGAGUGCGUGAACUCCUCGACGGACUGGAACAGGCCAGAGCGAAGCGCCUGGACCGGAAACAGAAUCUGUCCUUGGUGGAUCGCUACUUACCCGUGAAUGCCAGUGGCCUUGUGGGGAAUCAGGAGCCCCUUCACACGUUGUCGUCGUGGCUAAGUGCGUGGAAAAUUGGUGGUGGUGACAAGGAGAAACUGGAUUGCUUUGCAUCGGAGCUUUUCACCUUUGAGGACGGUGAUAGCGACAGUGAGGACGAGAUUGGAGACUUGUGUCGCCUGUUUAUUCUAAAGGGCGAGUCGGGAUCCGGUAAAUCUGCUGCUGUCUAUGCUUGUGCUGAGGAACUUGGCUACGAAAUUAUCGAGAUCAACGCGGCUCAGAAUCGAUGUGGAAAGAGUGUCGUUGAGCUUUGUGGUGAAGCUACACAGUCCACUCGAGUGCUCCACAUAGGCGGCAAGGACGAUAAGUGCAAGAAGAAGCACAAGAAGAAACGCAGACGACAGUCUGAGGGGCGUAAAAGCUUGGAGAAGCCCACAGCAGCGUCGUUAUCGCUUGUGCUGUUUGAGGAUGUGGACCUGGUUUUCGACGAUGACAAGGGAUUUCUCAAUGCUGUGUGCUCGAUUGCCAAACAUUCCAAGUGUCCCAUUGUUGUAACUUGUGCGCAACUGCCCGAUGCCUUCCCCUUAAAACCUGGACGACUGUGUCGUGAGCUCCACAAGCCUUCAAUGGACGAGUUCACCACUUGGAUGCGUCUCGUGGCUUUCAUUGAAGGGCUGCAGUUGGACCCGUCUCUCAUUAAUGCUCUGGGAUCUUCCGCUUCUGAAUGCGUUCAACGGACAUUGGACAGUACGAGCUGCCACUGGCCUACAAAGGGUACCUGUGGAAACUCGGAUCCGCGGUUUACACUCGACUACAUGCCAAUGGUGGGGCGUCUGCUGUCUGGCACUGGCUUGCAAGAAGGUCGUCGACGGACAUCCAGGCGCAAUCACUAUUUAGGCGACGUGUUGGGGGACAUGAGCGUCAUCGACGAGCUGCCAGCCUUUAACACCUACUUACAGCUAGACGAGGACCAGAUCAUCGCUGCGUCUCCGGCGUCCACGCAGUGA